CAAAAAUUUUGUUUUUCCUUAGUAAAAUCCAGAGCGAUCUAAAAAAGGCACAUGCACUCCUCCUCCAAGCUCCACUGAAAAGGAAGACGAGGUACAGACUACCGAGGGGGAGGAAAAGGGAGAGAGAUCUGUGAUUUUUAGAGAAAGCUUUCUCCCUUUUCUUCUUCUCUUUUUUCCUCCAGAGAUUUUGGCAGGAAUGGCGGAUGACGAGCCUGCUCCCACUCGCUGGAAUUUUCUGGUACUUUCUCUACCUCCGUUUGGUUUCCGAGAAAAUGAAAGAAUAAGGACUUGAUUUGAAUUCGUCAAUUUGGUUCCAACCAAACAGGAUGAUAGUUCUUAGUCUGAUUCUAGUUUUGUUAGAUUAGGUGGUGUAGAAUGUCACAUCUGACUAAGAUGUAAUGUCCGUUGAGAAAUUAUCGGUGAUGUUUGGGACUCUGGAAAAUGUCAAUUACUCAAUUCAGUGCUUGAUAGUAUAAUUUUUCAUUUUUUUGCGUCAUUUUUGGAUGGUGAUUGGAUGGUUGAGAUGGUUCUUGCUUUUCUGGACUGUGAGACCUAACUAAUGGAAUUCGGAGUGAUGUUUUUAGGCUUCUUUUGAGGAAUUAUGUUUACCUAUAGGAUUUUAAAAUGUUUUAUGAUGCCAAGUUUGGGAGGAAAAGACCCGAGUCACAGAAUGGUGAUGCUGCGGAUGGAUCUGUAUCAAAUGGGGGUUCUUCAGGUUCAACUUCAAAUGGGAAUGGACAUGUCAAGAACACAUCUGAGAUGGCCAUUUAUGAGCAGUAUCGGAAUCAGGAUAGGAGCUCGGCACACACAAAUGGUGCCUUGUCUAAUGGAAUUCACAAUGGACUGCAGAAGCCUCUGUUUCCUACUUUUGAAUCUGCAGAAGUACUUACUUUAGCUGAGAGUUUGAGUAGAGACAUCAUUCGAGGGAGUCCAGAUGUUAAGUGGGAAAGCAUCAAGGGAUUGGAGAAUGCCAAGCGUCUUCUUAAAGAAGCAGUUGUCAUGCCAAUAAAAUACCCGAAGUACUUUACUGGUCUUCUAUCACCAUGGAAAGGCAUUCUCCUUUUUGGCCCUCCAGGGACUGGAAAGACAAUGCUAGCAAAAGCAGUUGCAACAGAAUGCAAGACAACUUUUUUCAACAUUUCAGCAUCCUCUGUGGUGAGCAAAUGGCGUGGUGAUUCAGAGAAGAUCAUCAAAGUACUGUUUGACCUAGCAAAGCACAAUGCACCAUCAACUAUCUUUCUUGAUGAAAUUGAUGCAAUUAUAAGUCAUCGUGGUGAAGGACGCAGUGAGCACGAAGCUAGCAGGCGUUUGAAAACUGAGCUUCUCAUACAGAUGGAUGGUUUGACAAGGACAAAUGAACUUGUUUUUGUUUUAGCAGCAACAAAUAUCCCCUGGGAACUGGAUGCAGCCAUGCUCCGGCGUCUUGAGAAGCGAAUUCUUGUACCUCUCCCGGAGCCAGCAGCCAGAAGAGCUAUGUUUGAAGAACUUUUGCCAGCACAGUCUAGUGAAGAGGCUCUCCCUUAUGAUUUAUUAGUAGGAGAGACAGAAGGUUACUCAGGUUCAGAUAUUCGAUUACUCUGUAAAGAAGCAGCCAUGCAGCCUUUAAGACGCUUAAUGGCAGUCCUUGAACACAGACAGGAGGUGGUGCCUGAGGAUGAGUUGCCGCAGGUUGGACCCAUUACACCUCAAGAUAUAGAGGCAGCUUUGAAGAACACUAGACCAUCAGCUCAUUUACUUGCACAUCGCUAUGAGAAGUUCAAUGAAGACUAUGGUAGUCAGAUACUCCAAUGAAGGCAGCCAGCUUCUGAUAUCUAUCAUUCUUAAAGUUGUAGGAUAUACUCUUCCCGAUAGACUAGUCAUCUAUCUGUUGGUUUAUCAUUUUUCACCACCAGGUGCUUGACGGAAACCAAAUAAUUAUUUUAGCUGCUGACUCUGUCAAUAAGCCUUUUCUUUUUCCCCUAUUUUCUUGUGUUCUGUUGACUUAACAAAAUUUGAUUCCUUUUGCAUCCGAUACGAUAUUUAUUUUGUUUCAACUGGCUGGCUCAUUUGACAAACAUAUUGUGGAUUUAAAUUUAGUGUUCAUUGCUCCAAGCGUUUCUCUUGUUUGAAACAAUAACCUUCCCAAUGAAAUAGCUUUUUUCCU